UGAAUUUUGGUAGAAAUUGCCCACAGAAUAUUCGGAUAAGUAUUUCGGUUUAGCCAAAAGCAGUGUCGUCUUCUUACACAAAAACAACAAAACUCCAAUCGUCCUCCCUCGUCCUGAAUCCAUCCAUCAUCCACUCUCCUCUUAAAAAUCCUAUCUUUGUGGUUUGCAAUCUCUCCCACGACGCGCUUCAUCAUUCAUGGCUAUUUGAAUCUCUCUUCUCUCUCUCUAUCAAAUAUGCAAAACCCUUCAACGGUAACCCAGGAAUCAGCCGCACCGGUCUUUGAUUUCUUCCCACGGCUCAGAGGUUUAACCUCUAGAAAUCGAUCCCCGUGUUCGAAUUCAGAUGGGUAUGCUCUCUCAUCGUCCAAUGCCUUGUACUUCAAUGGUUUCCGGACUUUACCCUCCCGAAGGAUGGGAAAAACCCUAGCUUCCUUGAGCUUCAACACUAAGAGCAGUGCUGGUUCGAGUCUCCGUAGGUUUAUCAGCGAUUUCAAUAGCUUUAUUAGGUUUCACUGCGAUAAAGUGGUUCCGGAGAGCUUUGCCUCCGUCGGAGGAGUCGGAUUAUCGAGUGAUGAGAAUGGGAUUAGGGAAAAUGGGACUGGUGGGGUUUUGGGUGAGGAGGGAUUGCCGUUGAAUGGUGUUGAAGCUGAUCGGCCGAAGAAAGUUUUGAUUUUGAUGAGUGAUACUGGUGGUGGUCACAGAGCUUCUGCGGAAGCCAUUAGAGCUGCUUUUAAUCAGGAGUUUGGAGAUGAGUACCAGGUGUUUAUUACGGAUUUGUGGACAGAUCAUACGCCCUGGCCGUUCAACCAGCUUCCCAGGAGCUAUAAUUUUCUGGUGAAACAUGGAACUCUGUGGAAAAUGACUUAUUAUGGUACAUCUCCACGCAUUGUUCAUCAAUCUAAUUUUGCUGCAACUUCCACUUUUAUUGCCAGGGAAAUCGCCCAAGGGUUAAUGAAAUAUCAACCAGAUAUCAUAAUCAGUGUUCAUCCGUUGAUGCAACAUGUCCCACUUCGUGUCCUAAGAUCAAAAGGCUUGCUUAAGAAAAUCGUGUUCACCACGGUUAUUACAGACUUAAGCACUUGCCAUCCUACAUGGUUUGUUGUUUUAUCAAAUCGUUCAUGUGGUUCUCUUUUCUUAAUAUAUUGUUACAACAUGUUUGUUUUGAUGUUUAGGUUUCAUAAGCUUGUGACAAGAUGUUAUUGCCCAUCAACAGAAGUGGCAAAAAGGGCUCAAAAAGCAGGACUUGAAACAUCACAAAUCAAAGUUUAUGGCCUCCCUGUUCGACCUUCCUUUGUGAAACCAGUUCGCCCAAAGGUUGAAUUAAGAAGGGAGCUAGGGAUGGAUGAGAAUCUUCCAGCUGUUUUGUUAAUGGGUGGAGGAGAAGGGAUGGGUCCCAUCGAGGCAACAGCAAGAGCACUUGCAGAUGCUUUGUAUGAUAAGAAUCUUGGUGAAGCAGUAGGUCAGGUUCUUAUAAUCUGUGGACGGAACAAGAAACUCCAAAGCAAAUUAAGUUCCUUAGACUGGAAAAUCCCUGUCCAGGUUAAGGGGUUUAUAACGAAAAUGGAGGAAUGUAUGGGUGCCUGUGACUGCAUCAUAACAAAGGCUGGUCCAGGCACUAUAGCUGAAGCUAUGAUAAGAGGGUUACCGAUAAUCUUAAACGGUUACAUCGCUGGUCAAGAGGCAGGGAAUGUACCGUACGUGGUGGAAAACGGAUGUGGGAAAUUCUCAAAAUCACCGAAAGAGAUAUCGAAGAUUGUAGCGGAUUGGUUUGGACCGGCAUCGAAAGAGUUGGAGAUAAUGUCACAGAAUGCAUUGAGGCUGGCUAAACCAGAAGCAGUGUUCAAGAUAGUGCAUGAUAUGCACGAGCUUGUCCGUAAAAAAAAUAGUCUUCCUCAACUCUCUUGCACUGCCUAAUAAUCUAUAUAUGUUGUAACUCUAUUCAUUCAAAUUCAAUCACUCUAAUCUCCUUUCUUAGACAAGAGUGUAAUAAACAUCACAAUAUUGUAGUAAUUUUUUUGCCCUAAAUGCAAUAAUCAGGGCCGAUUACUACCAACUCUUUUUAAUAAUGAUAAAUAAGUAUCCCAAUU